UGAUUGCAUUUCCUUGAGGCAGGGCUCAUUCAUUGUAUAAAAAGCCAGCUGGCCGUGGACUUCACAUCAGACCGGAGCAGCUAGACAACCCGUUCUCUGUGUACCAGGUCCAGCCUCCUUGGAAGCAUGAGUUCCCACCAGCAGAAGCAGCCCUGCAUCCCACCCCCCCAGCUUCAGCAGCAGCAGGUGAAGCAGCCCUGCCAGCCUCCACCCCAGGAACCAUGUGUCCCCAAAACCAAGGAGCCAUGCCACCCCACGGUUCCGGAGCCCUGCCACCCCAAGGUUCCGGAGCCCUGCCAUCCCAAGGUUCCGGAGCCCUGCCAACCCAUAGCUCCGGGGCCCUGCCACCCCAUAACUCCAGAGCCAUGUCCCCCAACGGUCAUUCCGGGGCCAGCUCAGCAGAAGACCAAGCAGAAGUAACGUGGUCCACAGCCAAGCCCUUGAGGAGCCCACCACCUGACACAUCGUCCCUCCUCCCAUCCUGCUUAUGCGUCCCAUUCGCAAUUAGCCUGCUGUCACCCUGAGUCAUAAUCUUUCCCUCUUUGUGCCCUUUAACUCAGUCUGGAGGGCUCCUGAGCCUCUGGAUAAGGCUGCAAGUCUCACUGGCUGAGCUAGCGUUGUGGCUGCUCAGGGCUCAUCUAAGGAGGGAGGUUGGGGUUGGGGGAGUCAAGUGAAUCUUCCCUGCUCCGCCCUCAUUA